AUGGACGUAGAUGCGAUAAUUAAAAAGACCCCCGAUUUAGAACGUAGUGUGGAAAAAAUUAAAAAAGAAUUUUUAGAUUAUUUGAACCAUGUUUUUGUGCAAUACACGUUUCCUGCGGGACAUGGGCAAAAUUUUAAGAAGAAAAUUACAUCAGCAGCGGCUACUUUAUCUGAGUUGGAGAAGUCUAUAACUGAUGUAACAAAACAAGGGAUACAAACAGUUGAAAUUAAUGUGGUGAAUUACAAGAAAACGUUGGUUAAAAUUAAAGAAGAAAUCGAUAUAUUAAACCAUUUAAUUAGCAUUGAUGAGUUGCUUUUAGAGGUGGAUAAUUUAUUUGAGAAUCAAAAGUAUUUGGAUGUUAUUAAAUUGAUGAAGAAGAUUGAGAAAGAGAUGGAUGUUUUAAGAUCGAUUGAAAAUUUAAACAUUCUAGAUAACAUUCAAAGAGAUAUCAAUUUAAAAUUAACACUUUUGUUUUCAACAAUGAAUGAGGAUAUUUGUAAAACAAUUAAGUAUAAAAAUAAAUACUUUAAGUUUCCCUUAAAAAUUGGUUCAACAUUACAAUAUAUAGGUAAUGACAUUAAAGAUAAUUUAUCAGAAUUAAUUAUAAAAAAUUGUUUAAAUGAUACAAUUCCAAAUACAUCCGAUGAAUUCCAAAAUUAUCACUUAAUAAUAGAAGAAGUUAAAGAACUUGAAAAGAUUUUAAUAGAAAGCGGAUUAUUUUCCAAUGACAUGCACUAUUUAUCCAGUCAUGUUAAAAAUGUUGAUAACCUUUAUGUUCAAAAGAUAUGUGAAUCAAAGUUGAGAAUAGCAAAAGAACUAAUGAAGAAAGAUCUUCAUGAUAUGAUUGAAGUUGGUGAACCCGUUGAUUUAAAUAAUCCAUUUAAAAUUGACCUUGAUGUGUUUUAUCAAAGAUCGGUUUCUAAGUCAAAAGCAUUAUAUGAAACUGUAACAAAUAUUUUUGGCAUCUACGGUGAUACUGUUUCAAACCAUCACAAAAAACUCUUAGAAACAAUACCCCAACAAGUUGCCUUAUUUCUAAAUAAUUGCAAUUAUAUUUCUUAUAAAAUAAUGAAAUUCGAAGAAAUUUACGGAAAUAAGAUGAAAUCAAUUUUAAAUAUUGAAGAUUUAUUUUCAUUUGAAAUAUACAGUUUGAGAUCAAAAGGAGAUCAAAUGUUUAAUGAAUUUAUCAAUCAACAAAUUAAUGAAAUGGAGCAAAUUAUGAAUGAAUCUGGAUUAGUUAAUGUUACUACUUUAGAAAAACUAGAACCAGUUACUGAAAAAUCAAUACAACACUGUUUAAGGCAACAAGAAUUAUUAAGAACCGCAUGGAAUAAAGUUUUAUCUCAUACAGAUUAUAACAAAAAUCUUGGCAAAACCCUCAACUUUUUAUGCAAAACUAUAAUUGAUGCAGUUUUAAAAUACACAGAUAUUAACUCAGAUGCAAAAGAUCAAUUAGUUGAUGUCUUAAAAGUUAUUUUUACAAGAGGACCUAAAUUAUUUGCUCAUCAAACAGACGUUUCUGUACACGUUGAUCAAUGUGCGAAUUUAUUAGAAAUAUCAGAUCGUUGGGCGGAUGGAAAAGGACCUUUAGCCUUGCAUUUUAAGGGAGAGGAGUUGAAGAAUUUAAUUCGAGCUUUGUAUCAAAAUUCGGAUAUAAGAGCUGCUGUACUAUCUAAAAUACAAUAA